CAGAACACGAAUGUGGUGCAGUUGCUUUCGACUGAAGUGAAAAAAGUGCUGGAAGGGGAAAUCGAGGAAGUAAAAAAAACAAUAAGCGGACUGUUCGACAAAUUGCACGAGGCCGAACAGAACGGUCAAGUGGAAGAGCUCAAAAUCGAAUUGGAAACUGUGAAAAAAGAAAAGGAAGAGCAAAUUUCUGCACUUCAGCAGACCAACGAAAGACUGCAGAUGACUGAACAUCAGCUGCAAGUGCUGAAGGAAGAAAAUGCGCGAUUAGGAGAAGCAUGUGACGACGCAGAUGCUAUUGAGCAGGGGCUGCGUGAUGAAAUAUUUGAACUGAAACAACAGCUUGCUAAACUGCAAGCCGAAAAGGAUGGUGAGGAUACCCGAGAAGUGAAUCGAAGAAUGGGCAACAUAGAAGCUCCAGCAGGUCAUUCUACAAAAGCAUGCGAAAAGGAAAUGCGAAGUGAUUCGCCUUGCAGUGCCGUAUCAAGCUUUGAAAAAUUAGAACUCAGCGAGAACUCGGGAGAUGUUCCUACGGAGAAGGAAGAGCCUACAGAACGGACUUCACAUUCGUCCAUUAAAAACUCACUGAAGAAGAAUGCAGAUAACGGAGAGUGUCGCACAUCUUAA